GAGGAGGCCUUCCAUGGUCGAGAAAUCUCGUCGGCAAUCAAGCGCUAUCUGGGUUUUUUGCCCACAAGCCUAUUGAAUGCUGACGCCUUCGCCUCGGUCAUGGCGGCUGAGGAUCUUGGCCGGUGUCUGCGGACGUCAGCUUGUCUGGCUCGGACCUUAGGUGGAUUGCAAGCAGGCCUUGCAUCUUCCUUUUACUCGUCCGGUUGCAAGGAGGCGGCUGCCACCGCCCGGGAGAGAGGGUGGGGCUUAACCACACUGGACUUCGUGCUGGAACUGCUGAUUGAGCACUGGCCCUGGCUGUCAAGUGGUCUGCACCGGGCUGGCAGCCAACUGGUGUCCGCAGAGGGUCUGGGACACACCUUUUCUGAGGCCUGCCUAUACGCUUACCAGUAA